AUGGCCCAGAAAAACAACCUCCAGCUCAACAUCAGGGAAUACCGGCCCUCUGAUCAACGUGUGGUCACAGAGUUGUUUUGUGACGGCGUUCGUGAGAACAUAUACCCGGCCUUCUUCAAGUCCAUGAGCCACCCGGACCACGUGGGUGUGGCACUGAGCAUCUCUAUGGCCGGCUACGUGCUCGGCAGCAGCUCCUACUUCCAGGCACUGCUCUUUGGCGCUGCAUGGGCAGGGCUCAUCUACUUCUGUUGCCACGAAAUCUACGAGGGCUACAUGCUAAGAAGGCUGAGCGCAGAUAUGGCUGAUAUCCAAGCCAACUAUCUGGAUAACCCAAAUAAUGGCUUCUGGGUGGCGGAGGCGGGAGACGGAGAACUGUCCCGGGUGGUGGGCAUGGUGAUGAUGACCGGGAGAAGGGAAACCGAAGAAGAGCAUCAUGACAUCCUGAACGGCAGAUUAGGGACAGGAUCAUCGGCCGAUGGGAGCGGCGAUAGCGGAGAGAUGUCCUUCUUAGUUGUGGCGUUCCCGUGGCGUCGCAGGAAGGUGGGCUCCCAGCUGACCCAGCGGGCAUUGGACUUCUGCAAAGAACGGGGCUUCGCUCGUCUUUUGCUGGAUGUCAGCUCACCACAGACGGGGGCUAUCUCCCUCCUCCGAAAGAGCGGCUUUAUUCCGACGUCAUCGCACAACACCACGCACUCCAAUCGCUGGAUCUCCAAACUGGCCAGAAUCAGUGUGACGCGCAUGGAGAAAUUCCUCUGA